UCCUAACUUGACAAAUGUAACAUCAUAUGACACUCUCACACACUUCACUGGCGCCACUUCUUCCUUAAUUUUCACUUUAUUGACUCGUCUUCACGCUACUAUCUUUGCCGAUCCAACCCAUGGCGCAGUACGAACAAGUGAACGUUCGCGGCUAUAGCGAAUUCUGCAAAGCUGUGGCAGACAGACCGGGCAAAGCUAUUUUUGCUUACUUUUGUGGUGACAAAGACGAACAUGGCAAGAGCUGGUGCCCAGAUUGUGUCAGAGCUGAGCCAAUCUUAAAGGGAGCAAUGAGUGUCCUCCCCCAGGGCUCAGUCUUCAUCUACUGUCAAGUUGGUGAAAGGAACUAUUGGAAGGACCCAAGCAACGAAUUCAAGACUACGCUGAAGCUGACUGGGGUGCCGACACUGCUGCGAUACGGCACUCCUCAGAAGCUGGUGGAGGAGGAAUGCUUCAAAGAAGAUCUAGUGAAGAUGAUGUUUACUGAAGACUAAGAGAGACAACCAUCUGUGCCUUCAGAUGCUCUCAAAUGAAUCAAGAAAGACAACAAUGGCCCUUCUUAAUGAUACUCAAUUUAGUGACAAUGUUGUGCUUUUUUAAAAUUGUCUUUGUUCAUGUGUUGUAACAUUUAAUAGUCAUGCCUGAUGCAGAAAUGUGUCACUUUCUUUCAAUUAAAAUCACAAUUUCAGAACGUAUAACUGGACAUAAAUAAACCUAACACCUGUAGGUUGCUUCUGUAAACACUAGAUGGCGAACUAUCAUCAUGUUUUACAAGUACAUCACACGUUGAACAAUAUUGUGUACCGUGUAUAAUUUUGUAAAAUGGGGGGCUAAAAAGACGACACAGAUGACACAAAAACAAAGUGCGUAAGUUAUUAAAACCUUUAAUAUUCACGACCUGCA